CGUCAGCGCGCGUCCGGGCUGAGCGGCGGCAUGGCUCGGAUGAGGAAGGCAGCGGCGGCCUUCGGGGCCGAACUGGGCGUGCGGAUCGCACUGUUCACGGCCUUCCUGGUAACAGAGCUUCUCCCUCCCUUCCAGAGGCUUAUCCAGCCCGAGGAGAUGUGGCUGUACCGGAAUCCGUAUGUGGAAGCAGAGUAUUUCCCUACCAAGUCGAUGUUUGUCAUUGCAUUUCUCUUUCCACUGUCUCUGAUCCUCCUGGCCAAAUGUCUCAAGAAGGCGGACACAACGGACAGCAAACAAGCCUGCCUGGCUGCCAGCCUUGCCCUGGUUCUGAAUGGUGUCUUUACCAACACAAUAAAGCUGAUAGUGGGGAGGCCACGCCCGGACUUCUUCUACCGCUGCUUCCCUGAUGGGCAAGCCCAUUCUGACUUGACGUGCACGGGAGAUGAGGAUGUGGUGAAUGAGGGCCGUAAGAGCUUCCCUAGUGGACAUGCUUCCUUUGCAUUUGCUGGGCUGGCCUUUGCUUCCUUCUACCUGGCAGGGAAGUUACACUGCUUCACACCACAGGGCCGUGGAAAAUCUUGGAGGUUCUGUGCCUUUCUGUCACCUCUUCUUCUAGCAACUGUGAUUGCACUGUCCCGCACCUGUGACUACAAGCAUCACUGGCAAGAUGUUCUAACUGGAUCCGUGAUUGGCCUGACAUUUGCCUAUGUCUGCUACCGGCAGUAUUACCCUCCUCUGACUGAUGCAGAAUGCCAUAAACCAUUUCACAACACACUUGUACUUCCCACUGCACAAAAGAAUUCUAUGGAUCCUUAUCAUCUUGAUAUUUAGAAACUAGAGCUACCUCAAUGGAGAAGAAUAGGUGAAUCAGCCCCUCCUCUCUGGACCAUGGGAAGACAAGAAUUUCCUACCUUUUGACCUGUUAAAAGAUACAAGUGAGGACAUCAGCAUUUCAUUCUGUUCCAUAUAAUUAUGCAGUUUUUCCCCUGCUCACAUGAAUUCAUGAGGAGUCACAAGGUUCCUUUUCACUACUGUAUGCCAUGCAUUCUCAUAAGAGAUCAAUAAUACUCCAACAGCGUACGAAUCUGUUUCAUAAGCUUGGUAUCCCAAGGUCUACAGAGGUGUUUCUCCAUAUAAUGCCUUUGUUGUUGUUGUUGUUAAUCCUCACCCAAGGAUAUUUUUUCCAUUGAUUUUGAGAGAGAGUGGGAGGGAGGGGGAGAGACAGAGGGAGAGAAACAUAGAUUGGUUGCCUCCCACACACACUCCAACCCUGAGGAUUGAGUCUCCAACUGAGGUACAUGCCCUUGACUGGAAUCAAACCCGAGAUCCUUCAGUCCAUAGGCUGACACUCUAUCUACUGAGCCAAACCGGCUAGGGCAUAAAUGCCUCCCUUAGAAGGAUCUUGUCACAAGGAAGCCUUUACAUAGCCCUACUUUAUCCUAAAAGCUAGAGUCAAUUCUCAAAACUUCAUUUCCUAUACCUCAAAAUCUUAAAAUUUAGGGCAUGACCAACUACAUUAUUUUAGUUCCGUUUACUUUCUCUGGUGACAGUUCCAUCAAGCCUUAACUAGGGGAGUAUCCGUUUCUGGCUGGUUUACCACUGCUUUGCAUAUCUUAUCCAAGUCCAGCUAGAUAGUGCUGUCUAUUUUAAUACUGUGGACAUAAAUGAUUUGUCAAAUUACUAAGUAAACACAAUAAAAAAGAAAAUGGUUAGGAGUGUGGUUUCAGUGCUAAUAA